AUGCUGGGAGACGUCCCUGCCACCGCUUGCGUUUCCAGGAGGAUCCUGGGGGAGAAACCCAGGCUGCUAGCCAGCCCGCAGGCCUCAGACCUCGGAGCCGGGGCCUGUCUUGUGAGGGCUCAGUCCUCAGGGAGCGCCAUAGAUGGAGCCGCCACCCCCCACCCCACCCCACCCCCCGCUGCUGCUCCUCUGAGCCGGCACCUCAUCCUGCACCGCAGAGGAGCAAAGGGACCGUGCUUUCUCCCCCAUCAGUCCCAUCACCAUAACAGACCUCAUCUCUCCACAUCACCUGAUACCAUUCCUCACCAUUUUGGUGGGUCCCAUAAUGAAUCUCACCUCCAUACUGAGUCCCACCAGCAUGGCAGACAGCACCAAGAUGGACAUCACUAUCACGGAGGGCACCGUCGAGCUAGCGAAACUUUGUCCCACCUCUCCUCUCCUGAGUCACACAGCCAAAGGGAUGCUUCCCACCAUGGGAAACCCCAUCAUAGUACUACGUCCCACUAUCCUGGUGAAUCCCAUCAUCAAGGCCACCGUUACGGCAGGAUUCACCAUCCUGAAUCCCAAUACCACCGAAGACAGUCUUUUUAUGGAGGGAACAUUUCCUUCCACUCCUCUGAGGGGUCCGUCCACCAGGAAAGAUCUCACCUCCAUAGCAGCCAUCAUGGAGGCCACCAAGCUCACCAUGGCGAGCAUUCCCACCACAGAGAGCACCAUCGCCACAGGGAACACCGUCAUGGGGAGCAUCCUCACCACAGAGAGCAUGGGGAGCAUCCUCACCACAGAGAACAUCCCCAUCAUCGCCAUCAGAGCAUCUCCCAACUCUCUGCCGCAUUCAAGUCCCACAGCACCCUUGGCAUCUCCCCUUCUCCUAUGGGAACCAAAAGCUCGAUCUAUAGCGUGCCUCAGUCGCACAUUGCAACUCGGUCUUAUGCCUCUCGUGUUUCCAGCAAAGUCCACCCCAAGGACGACUCCAAAGAAUCAGACUCCUGGAGUGAGGAUGAACAAAUUCAGAAGCGCAAAAGGACCCAGCGGGCCCACAAGAAGUUGCACUCUGGGAAUAUCUUCCAAUGGAUUUGGGAAAAAAUAAGCCACCUCUUUUGGGGUCUCCGGAAAAUGAUGAUGUCACUGACUCAGUCCCUGGGCUUUGAGACCUUCAUCUUCAUCGUGGUCUGCCUCAACACAAUUAUCCUUGUGGCCCAGACCUUCACUGAGCUAGAGAUCAGAGGUGAAUGGUACUUCAUGGUCUUGGACUCCAUCUUCCUCUCCAUCUACGUUCUAGAAGCCAUGCUCAAGCUGAUUGCCCUGGGCAUGGAGUACUUUUAUGACCCAUGGAACAAUCUGGACUUCUUCAUCAUGGUCAUGGCAGUGCUGGACUUUGUACUCCUCCAGAUCAAUUCCCUCUCCUAUUCAUUCUACAACCACAGCCUGUUCCGGAUUCUCAAAGUUUUCAAGAGCAUGAGGGCGCUGAGGGCCAUCCGGGUCCUUCGGAGGCUCAGCAUCCUCACCAGCCUCCACGAAGUGACGGGGACUCUGAGCGGCUCUUUGCCGUCCAUCACAGCCAUCCUCACCCUCAUGUUUACCUGCCUCUUCCUCUUCUCUGUGGUGCUCCGGGCCCUCUUCCGGAAGUCGGACCCCAAGCGCUUCCAGAACAUCUUUACCACCCUCUUCACCUUAUUCACCAUGCUCACCUUGGACGACUGGUCCCUCAUCUACAUGGACAGCAGGGCCCAAGGGGCCUGGUACAUCAUCCCCAUCCUCAUGAUUUACAUCAUCAUCCAGUACUUCAUCUUCCUCAACCUGGUGAUUGCUGUCCUGGUAGAUAACUUCCAGAUGGCACUUCUCAAAGGCCUGGAGAAAGUGAAGCUGGAGAAAGCUGCCCGGGUCCAUGAGAAGUUGCUGGACGACUCUCUGACAGAGCUCACCCAAGCAGACGCUGAAGCCCAGAUAAGCGAGAAUGCCUUGCAGAUGCAGUUUAUCGAGAGAAUGUUCAGCACCAUGACAGAGAAGCAGCGGGACCUCCACUUCCAGUUCCUGCAGUUGGUGGCCUCGGUGGAGCAGCAUCAGCAGAAGUUUCGUUCCCAAGCAUCUGUCAUCGAUGAGAUUGUGGACACUGCAUUCGAGGCUGGAGAAGAGGAUUUUGGGAAAUGACCCUGAAGAGCACCAUCAUAUUGACUCAAGUCUUUGGGAAGUGGCCUGCCAGGGUGGGUUGGGACAAGUCCCUAACUCUGCUGGCAUUGUUAUCCAGAACCAUGCUGGACUGAGGUCCCAACAGAAUUUUAAAACCCCCAGGUGGCUCUGUUAGAGCCCACUAGGUUUCCUAGUGGCUGUACCCAGCAGGACUGCAUAAGAGGUUGAUUGGACCACAGGCCUGGG